AUGAAGCGAGCAGCUCGUGUAUCGGGCAUGAUGGAAAUCCUCGGAAACGGCGCUUGUGUGCUUCAGCUCUCGCAAGUCAAAGACGGGCGUGAUGUUGACCACACUGUACCCUCAUGUAGUUGUACAGUUCCAGAUUGUGCAAAGCUGAGAGCCGACAUCGUUAGCGGUGUAGUGCCCUCACAUCCCAGCAAGCGAAAUCUGGACAAGACGGCUAUCAACCAUUACAUCAACUAUCUACAGCGGGAUGCCGGGCUACCUCGUGGCAUGAGUGGUGGAUGGAAUGACACCGUGCAAGAGAAACUACAUGCUUGGCUCAUGAAGGAGAAGAAGCGCACCAGAACCAAACAAAAUGCGGGCACAGUCCAUGCCAUCACGGACGGCAGUGUGGAGGACCCCAUCGAGGAGGCUAACUCGGAUACUCAAGAGGCUCCAGACAAGCAGAAGUCCAAGGGCAAGAAAGCUAUCACCAUGGGCGAGGGGCACUCAAGCAAAGAUAGCCGGGACGACAACAAGAAUGCAGGGAACAUCUCCAAUGGCAACGGGGCCAUCACCAUGAGCGAGGGGCACUCCAACAUAGAGAGUGGGGGCGACUCAGAUAGUGACUCGUCAUCCAGUUCGUCCUCGUCGGAUUCCAGUGCGACGCCACAGGCCUCAAGCUCAAAUGCGGCACGCCAACCUGCUGACAGUGAGUGUGUAGAUAUCACAAAAUGGGAGCCUGAAUGGCAUGACGCCUUUCAGAGUCUCACUGUUUUGGAGGACCAGAUUGGGGAAUCGCAGAAGAAGCGUCGCAUUCUCAAAGAUGCGCUCCAGCAUUUGGCAAACGCCCACAAGGCAUGGGCAAACGCCUAG